AUGACCAAGAAAGUCUAUGCCGCCUCGCCGUACCAGGAGCUGCUCAGGGCCGUCUACUCCUUUGUCCACCGUUCGCAAACGUCAGGCUCGGCGAGCCUAGGAACUGAAGCUUCUACACGCAACAGUCCCGUGGGGAUAUUCCGUCUCUGGCCCGGGUUGCAGCUCUUGGCCCAUAGCCUGGCCACAUCUGCGUCGAGCCUGUGCCGCCAGUGGCCACCGCCGGACGAGCCGGCUUACCGUCAACCCUGA